UCUUCCAACCUCUAGAACUUCAACAAUACUCCAAUAAUAGUCUAUAACUUGUAGUUGUUGCUUAACCUCUAGUUGUUUAAUAGAUAUACCAGUUGCAUUUGUUUAUUCAUCCCCAGCUUCUGAUCAGAUUCUGUCUGGUAUUGUACUAGUGAUGGGAGGUAGAAGCUCCAAAGAGUCGAGUCCCAGGUUUUCACAUAGUGGUUCAACUGCCUCUUCUUCCUCAUGGAAUCAGUACCCUGAAUCAGUACCAUAUCCUGCUCAGCAAGGCCCCUAUAUUACUACACCUCAGCAUCACUAUGCAGCACCUCCCUCACAACUGCCAAGGAGGAGACUGGACAGGAAAUAUUCAAAAAUUGCUGACGAUUAUCGCUCCUUGGAUGAGGUUACUAGUGCUCUUGCACAAGCUGGCCUAGAGUCUUCUAAUCUGAUCGUUGGCAUUGAUUUCACAAAGAGCAAUGAGUGGACAGGUUCGAGAUCAUUUGGUCGGAAAAGCUUGCAUCACAUUGGAACUGGCCAUAAUCCCUAUGAACAAGCAAUAUCGAUUAUUGGGAAGACAUUGUCUGCUUUUGAUGAAGAUAAUCUAAUUCCAUGCUAUGGGUUUGGAGAUGCAUCUACACAUGAUCAAGAUGUAUUCAGCUUCUAUCCAGAUGACUGUGUUUGUACUGGAUUCGAGGAAGUGCUGACACGAUAUAGAGAAAUUGUUCCAGGUCUUCGACUUGCAGGACCUACAUCCUUUGCGCCCAUUAUUGAAAUGGCAAUGACUAUUGUUGAGCAAAGUGGAGGCCAAUACCAUGUUUUGCUGAUCAUUGCUGAUGGUCAGGUGACUAGAAGUAUCGAUACACAAUAUGGUCAACUCAGCCCACAAGAACAAAGGACUAUUGAUGCAAUUGUAAGAGCAAGCAAUUACCCCUUGUCUAUAGUAUUAGUUGGGGUUGGAGAUGGACCCUGGGACCUGAUGAAGGAAUUUGAUGACAACAUCCCUUCUCGUGCGUUUGACAACUUGCAGUUUGUGAAUUUUACAGAAAUCAUGUCAAAGAAUGUGGAUAUGACGAGGAAGCAAACAGAAUUCGCUCUUUCAGCCUUGAUGGAAAUACCUUCACAAUAUAAGGCCACCAUAGCACUAGACCUCUUGGGAGUACGAACUGGAAAUUCCCCUGACAGAAUUCCUCUUCCUCCACCUGCUGCAGUGUCUGUUAGAAACAACACAAGACCUUAUACCGGAUACGGCUCAAGUAGUUUUCAGCAGCGGACAGCUCCUCCUCCUCCUCAAACUGGUUAUGAUGCAGGAGUCAGUGCACCUCCUUAUUCAACAUACGAUAAUCAGGUUUGCCCCGUCUGUCUUACUAAUCCGAAAGACAUGGCCUUCGGUUGUGGACAUCAGACGUGCUGUGACUGUGGAGAGUACCUCCAAGCGUGUCCCAUUUGCCGGAGUUCAAUCGAGACUAGAAUAAAGCUCUUCUAGCCCAAUUUUUCUGCACAUAGCCAAGUUUUUUACUGCUCCGAUAAUCUCGUGAGUUGUGAAAGCUAGAUCAAAAUUGCUUGUCAUCAGAAAGUACGGUGUAAUUACUUGUCAUCAGAAAGUAUGAUGCAUCUGAGUGAAUGUAGACUCUGUUGUUUGAUGUGUUUCCUGAAGGAGGUGAGUUUGGUGAAUGUUUAAACUUAACUGAAACUUUUGCAUUAGAAGCCUGUUUAUAGUGUACCACUGACGGCACUGAGGUUCUUCGUGCUUGAAGAUCUUGUUUAUAAGGAAAUCCAUGAUUAGACCAGAGUUGGUCACUA